AUGGACUCAACCUUCUCUUUCCAGCGCUUGGGAUACGAACUGCAGGAAUAUAUCGUAGGCCAGCAUCUAGAUCCUACUGAUUGGCCUGCUCUUUCCCAAACUUGUUCUCUAUUCAGAAACAUUGUUCAGGGCGAGGCUCCAUCUCAACUUGGGGAAUCUGUCCACUCUGCCCUCACUCAGUCAGUCACGGGACUCAUCACCACAAUGGACUCCGCAACUUCAACUUCGACAUCGUCCCCUAGUAGCAGCGGCGAUCACACUCCUAGCAGUACUGAUACUGAGAUGAGCUCGCCCGAAGAACAAGACUGGGUGCUUGAGGUCACGCCAGACAUGAUUGCGCGAUUGUCCUCUUUACCGCGCCGCCGAAGUGGAGCCAGUCUUCCCACGCUACCAACAGAGCUUCAGUUUGAGAUAUUCAGCUAUCUUGAUCAGAUCGAUUCUACCUGCCUCGGACUCACUUCUCCUCGAUCUUAUGAAAUAUUCAGAGCCAUACAUGGCACAAAGAUGCCCUUGAAUACUCGCCGAAAUGGACCAAACAAGCUCGAGGCGGCCUGGGAGGUAGUAGGGAAGCAGAUGUGCGAGCAUUGUGGGAUUUACAGAUGCGAGCUUCACCAGCACAUCAAGUCAUGGAUGCCAGAGGGUCUGGAAUAUUGCAACAUGAAGCGCAAUUUCGGAGUCCCAGCUAAAGAUGGUGCAAAUGCAACUUGCUACCGUGGAAAGCCUAGCAAGCCUCGACGAUGUGGUCGCCACCCGGUCAGAACUACUACAAUCCAUCAAGAUGACCAUGUCUCCAAGCUUUGA